AUAUCAGUCACUGUAUGAGGCGGCUGACACACUCGCAGAAGUGGUGGAAGGUGGAGGAGCUGCCGUCCUGGUGUAGUUACCUGUUUGUGGACCAGGUAUGCCAUCAUCAAACCUGCCUGCUACUGUAACCAGGGAGUAACAACAUUAUCUUUGAGUCACCCCAUCAAGAGUAAGGAUAAUGGAAGGGAAACACAACUAUUUUGACGAAGAACUCUACUCUCGUCAGCUCUAUGUCUUGGGUCACGACGCGUCCUCCAGGAUGGCCACAGCUUAUGUUCUUAUCUCUGGCCUUGGCGGGCUGGGCGUCGAGAUCGCCAAGAACGUCAUUCUGAGCGGAGUCAAGUCCGUGACCUUGCAAGACACGAAGACAACGACCAUUCAUGAUCUGUCCAGCCAGUUCUUCCUGACUCACGACGACCUGGGCAGGAACAGAGCCCAGUCGUGCUGUGGUCGUCUGGCAGAACUCAACCAUUAUGUUCAGGUGACGACCACGACACGACCUCUGGAUGACCACCUCCUCCGGGGCUGCAGCGUUGUCGUACUCACAGACUCAGCGCUGGAAGAGCAGCUGUAUGUGUCCUCAGUGUGUCGCAGCCUCGGCGUGGCUCUCGUGGUGGCCUCCUCCAGGGGGCUCUUCGGCUCUGUCUUCUGCGACUUCGGCGAGAAUUUCCAGGUGUUGGAUCCCAACGGCAGAGACCCUGCUAGCUUCCUCGUUGAGAGCGUCUCUAGGGAGAAGGAAGGUGUAGUUACUCUACCGAAGAAGACCUUUCACGGCCUCAACAACGGUGAUCUCGUGACCUUCUCCGGUGCCCAGGGCAUGACCCAGCUCAACCUGCCUCACCAGCAUCGUAUUAAGGUGUUGAGUCCCUCCAGCUUCAGCAUAGGAGACACUCGGUUUCCGGAGUAUGUAGGAGGAGGUGUGGCCAAGCAGGUUAAGGUGGGCAAAACCAUGACCUUCAAGCCGCUGAAGGAGUCACUGGAGGACCCAAGUAUCACCUGUGUGGACGUGGUCAAGGAAGACACCGUAGGUGUGGUUCAUCUAGCAUUCCUGGCGCUCCACGAGUACGUGGCUCUUCACGGUGACCUCCCCAGAACAUGGUGUGAAGAAGAUGCUGCAGAGUUCCUGCGAGUGUUUUACAAAGUCAAUGAGUCAAGGAGGGCUCCAGUGGAGAACGUCAACGAGGAUCUAUUGAAGACAUUUGCUUACACAGCAAGGGGUGAGUUGGCGCCUAUUAAUGCGGUGAUUGGUAGCGUCGCUGCCCAAGAGGUGACAAAAGCCUGUACUGGUAAAUUCACACCGUUAUUCCAGUGGCUUUACUUUGACGCUGUAGAGUGCCUACCCGAGGACACUGAAAAGCUCUAUCAAGGCGACUGUACUCCGAGAGGAGACCGCUAUGACGCCCAGGUCGCUGUUUUUGGCAGAGACUUUCAGGACAAACUAGGAAAACUCAAGUACUUCAUAGUUGGCGCCGGAGCCAUUGGCUGCGAGCUCCUGAAGAACUUCGCCAUGUUGGGGGUUGGUGCUGGCGAAGGUGGAAACAUCACUGUUACUGACAUGGACAUCAUCGAGAAGAGUAAUUUGAAUCGACAGUUUCUCUUCCGCCCGUGGGAUGUUAAGAAGCCCAAAUCUGAGACUGCGGCUGCUGCCGUGGCCAAAAUGAACGCCAGUGUGCACAUUACCGCCCACCAGGUGCGCGUCGGGCCGGAGACGGAGCAUGUAUACGAUGCAACUUUCUACGAGGGUUUGGACGGUGUGGCCAACGCCCUAGACAAUGUGGAGGCCAGGAGAUAUAUGGACAGGUGCUGCUGGCAUUACCAGAAGCCUCUGCUGGAGUCUGGGACGCUGGGUACCAAUGGUAGUGUGCAGGUGGUGGUACCACACCUCACAGAGCGUUACACACAUUAUCAAGCCCCUUCAGAGAAGCCCAUUCCAAUGUGUACACUCAGAAACUUUCCCAGCGCCAUAGAGCACACCUUGCAGUGGGCGCGGGAUAUGUUCGAGGGAGAGUUUUCUCAAGCUCCAGAAACCGCAAAACAAUACCUUACAGGAAUGAGGAAGAUGGAGGAGAUUCUCAAACUGCCCAACCAGCAGGAUGUAGACACUCUGGUGAUACUGAAGAGUGCGCUGGUCGACGACUGCCCGAGGUCCUACGCCGACUGUGUGGCUUGGGCAAGACGGCACUGGCAGGACCAGUUCCAAAACCAGAUUUUGGAACUUCUUCACUAUUUCCCUCCAGACCUCAGAAUGAGUAAUGGAGCACCAUUUUGGUCCGGGACAAAGCGCUGUCCCCACCACCUAGUGUUCGAUGCAGAGAAUGAAUUACACCUCGACUAUAUAUACGCUGCAGCUAACCUCAAGGCAGAGGUUUACGGAAUUCGGCAAGUGAGAGAUCGAUUAAAGACGAAAGAUCUCGUGGCUGGUGUGUCCGUUGCUCCGUAUCUCCCCAGACCUAAACUGAAGACCACAACACAUGCUGUCAGUGACCAGAUGGAGAAACUGUCGCUCUCCAACCUCCUGGAGGUCAUCCCGCCUCCAGAGAGCCUGACAGGUGUCUCCAUUACGCCUCUCACCUUCGAGAAAGACGAUGACUACAAUAUGCAUAUUGACUUCAUUGUAGCAGCAUCGAACCUCCGUGCAGCCAACUAUAAUAUCGAACCCGCCGACCGUCACAAGAGCAAGAGGAUCGCUGGACGCAUCAUUCCGGCCAUCGUAACCUCUACGGCUCUGGUCUCUGGCCUGGUGAGCCUUGAGAUGCUUAAGGUGACCCAGGGACACAAGGACAUCGCUCGUUACAAGAACAGCGAGUUCAACCUCGGCCUCUGCAGGUUCUGUGUGGUGGAACCUGAACCAGCAGAGGAAAACACGUACAACGAAGUGAAGUGGACACUCUGGGACAGGUUCGAGGUUGAGGGUGAACUGACCUUGGAAGAGUUUCUGCAGCACUUCAAGGAGAAUCACGGUCUAGAAGUGACCAUGGUCUCGGCGGGCAGGUUCACCAUCCACUCUACACUCAUACCCAAGACUGAGAGGAACAGGAGAAGAACCAUGAAAAUCACAGACAUACUGAAGGAGGUGAUGCAGGAGGCAAGCAAAGAUGAAGACCAUAGUGAUGUAAACCAGCAGAGAGCCCAGGGGGGCCCCUUGCUUGGUGCAGUGCUGAUGCUGGACCUCUGUGCCGACGACAGGCAGGGGCAGGACGUGGAUGUUCCCCACGUCAGAUACUCCGUUUCCAGAUAAGAAACCGAUUCACAACCAAAAGGCUCUGGGUUCGAUUUCCAGACUUGACGUACCAUAUUAGUGAGACUGCAUACAUCUCUGUUGUCCACGCUAACUUCAUAGUAAAAAAAUAAUGGUUCCUGUG